UACCUCAGCCUGGUCACACUUCCUGGCUUGUUUACAAAAAACGCUGACCAAAAACUCAUAAAAUUUAUAAAUUAGAUGUGUUAAAAGUAUAAGGUUUUUGAAGUAUAAAACCAAACAAAUGGCUGCUUCACGCUCUCGGCGAAACAAUGCCGGCAACAAAAUAGCCCACUUGCUGAACGAGGAAGAGGAGGACGACUUUUACAAAACGUCCUAUGGCGGCUUUCAGGACGAAGAAGAGGACAAGGAAUACGAACAGAAGGACGAAGAGGAGGAUGUUGUGGACUCGGACUUCAGUAUCGAUGAGCAGGACGAGCUCGUUUCAGAUCAGGAAGAGGUGCCCGAAAAGAAACGGAAGCGCGGUGGGGUAAACACGAAGGCCUACAAGGAAACAAAACCGGCAGUCAAAAAGGAAGCAAAGGCUAUACCGGCCAAGAAAAAGAAAGGCACUGGUGAAGGGGCUAAGCGACGAGUGCGCCCUCGUUUCACGGUCCUUGACUCUGGACGGAAAUCCAUUCGUACUUCGACGGCCAUCAAGACGCAGGCCACGAAAAUCCGUCUUAAGGAGUUGGACGACGCGCGCAAGCGCAAGAAGAAGAAGGUGCGUGUGGAGGACUACAUGCCCACGCAGGAGGAACUGCUGGAGGAGGCUAAAAUUACAGAAGAGGAAAAUAUUAAAUCUCUGGAAAAGUUUCAGAAAAUGGAGCUGGAGAAGAAAAAAUCGCGACCCACCAAGCGCACCUUCACAGGACCUACCAUUCGCUACCAUUCAUUGACCAUGCCCGCCACGCGGAAGCCCACUCGAGGGGCCAAUCUUCCAAACGAUUCAAAGGAUUCCGGCGGAAAAUGUGAGCGCACAUUCGUCACGCUCGAGAACGAUUUCAACGACAAGGUGUUCCAGAACAUUUUCCGACACAAGACGCCGCCCAAAGUCAGCAAUGGCAUCUGUCCGAUUACUAGACUGCCAGCCCGCUACUUUGAUCCGGUCACCCAGCAGCCGUACUACAGCAUCCAGGCCUUCAAGAUCUUACGCGAGGCCUACUACAUGCAGCUGGAGCAGCAGGGCGGCAGCAGCGAGCAGCCCGAGCUGACCAAGUGGCUGGAAUGGCGCAAGCUGGUCAAGGAAAAUCGCCUUAAGGCUUCAGCAGCUGCGACCAAAAAUGGAGACAACUAGGUUUGCCACCAGUUUAUUAGUUUGCUAAGAAUACAUCGAAUAAAAAAAUGGGAACACAACGAAAAACAUCGGCUUGGGAAUAAACUAAACUUUUAAUAAAUUUAAAAUCAACCCAA